AUGGCUACGGGCUCUCGACAUCCGUCACCACCAUCCUCAUAUGUUACCAACCCCGCGCUUAAAUCCUACGACAUUUCCGUGGCAGACUAUCUAUCGCAAAACCCUUGCUACCGACAUGGUGGGAUCUUUAGUGCAGCCGUAAUCAUCUACCAAGGCCGAGUGCUACUAAUACAACGGGCUUCAGACGACGAGUUCCCCGAUAUAUGGGAGGUGCCUGGCGGCACCGCCAGUCAAGACGAAACCAUCAUCGACUGCGUUGUCCGCGAACUGUGGGAAGAAACUGGGCUGCGGGCUUCAGCCGUUGAAAGGUUGACUGGUGAAUACGAAUGCGAGAUCAACUUGACCAAAUGGAAGAUAUUUAUCUUCCUCGUCGUCGUGGACAAUGAUCAGAUGGGAGACUCGGAUAAGAUUGUCCUCGAUCCACAGGAACACCAGGCGUUUCUAUGGGCUACGCGACAGGAGAUUGAAGAUAAUCGUUGUGGUGAAGCCCAAUUAGGGUGGUUCUCGUUAGAGCAGAAAGGAGCGAUUCUAACGGCUUUGCGGGUCUACUAG